UAAGAAUAUGGCACUUUCAAACUCAGCAGCAUCGUUUGCGACUUUCUUAUUGAUGAUGAUAGUCGUGUGUAAGGGUGAUCAUUUUCGCGGCGGAACUAUAAGUUGGAAGCCUACAGAAAACAAUUUAGAGGUCGAAUUUACAUACAAGUUGGCUUGGCGGUAUGGUCGCGGUGCUGGCUGCACAAACUCAUUAGCGGGCCAGUACGUCAACAGAACAAACUUUGCAUGGGCCUGUAUUGCAGGAUGUGGCUAUAGCACCACUAUCUCGUCGGCUGGUUACAUUUGUAGUUCAGCCAGUAUAACACGUGACUGGGAGCUAGGAGAAUACACGUUCAAAUAUACAUUUCCAAACGCUGGAAAAUUUACAAUAGAAUACAGUAGUUGCUGUUGGAUAAGUCUUGAUUAUGGCUCAGGAGGAAGUGGGUGGAAUAUUGCAACCGAAGUGGAUUUAAGAACAAGAUCAGAUAUAGGACGACCAAAUACAAGUCCAGUAUAUACCGGAUUUCCGCUAUACAGUAUCAAAUUCGGAUGUGCCACCACAAUAAAACUUCAAGUGUCUGAUGCGGACGAUGACAACAUACAUUGUAGAUGGGCAAACGGCACGGAGUGUGGUUCCGUCUGCAAUGCAAUCCCAAAUGCUGUCUUAAACGAGAAUGCGUGUACGUUGACCUUUAAUGCAAAUCAUAAAGCAGGAGGAAUAUAUGCAGUAGCUAUGAUAAUUGAAGACAAACCACGAUCAAUUAUCACCCUGAAUGGAAAAACAUACACAUCUAAAAAUGUUCUGUCCAGUGUACCUGUUCAGUUUUUGGUUGAAACUCCAGCCAUUCCAUCAAGACAGUGUAAUGACGGACCAGUAUUCGUAGUUCCAACACCUUCAGGGACUGUAGAUAUAGAUGUUCAUGCUGGAAGUCAGUCUGUAGUCGCCUACUUUGUGCAAUCACGUGGUGCCACGAUAGAUUCAUUUGACUUGGCUGGUCCUCCCGGAAUGCAAAAAUCUGCAAUCAGUUCUGUAGCCGGACAGUCGGAUAUGUAUACAUUUACUGUCACAUGGACUCCUUCCAAAACCCAGACUGGAAAACAUGCAUUAUGCGCUGACGCAACUGAUUCUUUUGGCAUUAGUACCGGCUCGCACUGUAUCCAGAUGAAUGUAUUAGAUGUAAAUCCGUGUGAUAGUGAUCCAUGUCAGAAUUGUGGUACAUGUACCCGUGUCGGUACUACAGGUGCUUUCACAUGCGCUUGUGCUGACGGCUACACUGGAGUAUUAUGUGAAACUGAACUGAAUGAAUGUUUGAGCACACCAUGCCAGAAUAACGCCACUUGUACAACUAUUGUAAAUGGUUUCUAUUGCACUUGUUCUGCUGGCUUUGAGGGUACACUCUGUCAGAAAGAUGUGGACGAGUGCAGGAAUAGCCCCUGUAAAAAUAACGGCACAUGUCUCGAUCAAGUGAAUAAAUUUACAUGUUCAUGCCCGCCAGGAUUUACCGGUUCUAUUUGCGAAAAAGAUAUAGAUGAAUGUAUUAGCAGACCCUGUUUAAACAAUGGAACUUGCAAUGAUGAAGUUAAUGGAUAUAGUUGUACAUGCAGCCCUGGCUUUACCGGAUCUACUUGUGAGAUUGACAUAGAUGAGUGCAAGAGUGGAUCUUGCCUUCACAAUGGAACAUGUUUUGAUCUUGUCAACAGCUUCUUUUGUGGUUGUGUCUACGGCUACAGUGGUGAUCAGUGCGAAAUAGGCAUUGAUCCAUGCAGUUCUACACCAUGUAAGAACAAAGGGAUAUGUGAGAGUCGGAAUGGUACAUACUACACGUGCACGUGUGUAGAUGGAUGGGAAGGGGUAAACUGUGCAUACAGACAACAAGAUGAAUCGUUUGUCAAUUCGUCCCUCAUUGCCGGUUCACAUAUGCAUUAUUCUGAAUGUGACUGUUUCCUUGGGCGAGCAAAACAACAGCUCUGUUACAAAUACAAGACAGGAAACAGCAUCGGCUUUGGUGCACUAGGAACAGUUCUUGGCAUUCUGACUGUCAUUGGACUUUAUGCUUUAUCCGAGUUUGUACUCAGUAAAAAAUUGAUAUGUUGUCAUGAGAAAGAAACAGAUACGGAAGCACCAAAGGUUGAUAAAAACUUUAGUAAAGACACUGUAGAUGGGCACAGCGAAGCUAUUCCUGAUGUUGAAGAAAUUCCAAUUGUUGAGGAAAAGAAAGUUGGUGGUUUAAAGCCGCAUGUAGGUGGUCAUAAGCACAGGAAAUGCUGGGCAUGUGAAAUAAAAUAUAAUAAUGCACCUCCUCCAAGGUUUUGGUAA